AUGGGGCUGACACAUCCAGAUGUGUCACCACGAACAAUGAGGGGGCGAUCACGCACUCUUUUGACACGUAUUACGGCUCUCAAUGCUGCAAAUUAUCUCACUUACAUCUUUCUUAUGAACAUGGGUAGCUCAUCCAUGAUAGUGGAGCUCUUACCUUUAUUCGGCAUAAUAUGCACAUUUAGUGCUCUUCUUUAUCCAUCUAUCCUAGUCGGUGGCAAAGACACCCCAGAGGCGGCUUACUAUCGACAAACUUGGAGCAGAAUAAUCAAAGGAAACAUCGAUAUUACCAGACGAACAAAUGAUAUUCUACUCUCGGAUACUAUUACGUCAUACAGUAAAGUCAUCGUCGACUUUCUCACAUAUUUAUCAGCCCUGCUUUUGGGGUACAGGUUUCUUCCCUCUGAGGGAAAGAAGCUUCCUGAGGAUCAUAUGAGCCUCUACAAUAUGGAUAUCCUACUAUCAUAUUACCCAUCCAUGGUGCGUAUUAGACAAUCAUGGAUGGAGUACAAAGAGGGGAGAAAGGGAAAAUCCCCCCUGUACAACUGCAUAAAGUAUAUUACAGCAUUAAUUCCCAUUAUCGGCACCGUUUUGUAUAGAGCUAGGUAUGUAUCCACCUUAUCCAUUUGGUACUGGGGUAUGCUCAUAAACACAACUUUUUCCUUCAUAUGGGAUGUUUCCAACGACUGGGAUCUUGGAGUAUUAAAAGGAUUGAUCACGAGCGAUAACAGAAAAGGCCCUAAGAAGGAUUCUGAAGUUUUCAGGGAAGGAUUAUCAUUUCCACAGCCAUACUAUGUUGGUGCAGUGCUUAUAGACAUGCUGCUUAGAUAUAUUUGGAUAUGGAGACUCAUAUUUCCUCCCGGUCUGGUAAGCAGUUCUCCUAUUGGCUCAUUCUUCUCUCUGCUUCACACCACGGAGGAAGGCAGGCUGAUAUUAGAAUUUCUAGAAAUUGUGAGAAGAUGGGUAUGGAUUAUAUUCAGGGUUGAUGCCGAUUACUGCAAGCUUGGAACAGACAAGAAGGAUAUUCCAAUGAGAGCCGUUUAA